UGGUUUAAAAGCUCGCGUUCGCCCUCUCUACCAUUCACUACCUGGAGGCUUCGCACGUGCUAAACGUACCCUGAGUACGGCACCGGCUGGUUAUCAACGAGCUUUAACUCGCUUUGAAAAAUGGCUCAAUUCUGCUUUGCUGUUACCAUUUUGGUAGUUCUCAUUAUGUCACAAGGAAUCAUCGCGAAACGGGGCUGCUCAGCAUUCGGUCAUUCAUGCUUCGGAGGUCACGGCAAGAGAUCUGGUGACACUGCUGUUAUGGACUCAACGGCUGAACUCCGUCGUCAGCUCGGACAGGAGGAGACACCACCACAUCCUGUUUAUCCCCACUCUGGUUACAGCGGACUACUACCACCUGGUGAUGACAUUAUACCUGUAAGAGACGGAGGUGCUUACGAGAGAGAAGAUGGCGCCCGGGAAGCUGUGAAAUUCAAACUACGAAAUAUAGUAAAACAAUGGAUGGAAAACUACAGACGAUCGCAGCAAAACAACGAUGACUCUUACAUAAUCGAUAACUUGUAAAAUAAAGGAAUGUCUCAAUAUGUUAAAUUUAAGUAGGCGAAAUAUAUGAAGUCCAAAUGUCCACAUGGAAAAUAGAUUUUAUGUUAUAAUAAUGUAAAUCAUCAUCUCAGUUUUUGAUUAACACGUGUAAUAAUGGCUUAAAAAUAAAAUAAGGCAUGACAUAGUUCAAAAUGUUGCUAAAUAAUUAUGUUUUAAAUUUUUAUGUCUGUAUCUUUUUUUUUUAUGAAUCAGAGUCGUUUAUUUUGUUUUUGUUUUCUUAUUGUAUUAAAGAAUAUUGAAUAGAUAUAAGAAUCAUCUUAAGAGGCUAAAAAGCUAUGAUAUGAUUCAAGUUCAGAGAUUCAGGAAAGUCUAAUAUAGUAGAAAUCUGUCAAUGAUUUACUAAAUGAAAUUGUUUCUUAAAAACUUUUCUACGAAUUUAUAUUUCUUUUCAAAUAAUAAUUUAAGUAUUUCUUGUCAAUUAAAUUGUAGAAAUAACGAAAGAAGAACAUAGUCUCUAAUUUGAAAAAGGAAUAUUUAAGUCUGUGCAUAAAUCAAAUGUUCUGUAUAUGAAGUCGAUAUAUUUUACUCAAGGCUGGUUUAAUCUGACUAGGAUUAUAAACUCUACUUACUUCAUGUAUUUUACAAAAAUUUUAUACAAAUAGAUUCUGCUAUCUUGUUCCCUUACUUCAGUACCUGACUGUAUUAAAAGUUUAAGUGAAUUGUUAUGGCUUCAUGUUAGAUUUUGACAUAAGGUUACCAUCAUUAUACAUAUUAUGAUAAUGCAUCGUAGUUGACUGUCACUGUUAUAAAAUACUAUCUAUGGAUAUGUUUUCCUAAUAAAUAAAUGGUUAGUACAACAAUAUUGCAG